AUGGGCGGUCUGUUCUCCACGCCCGUCAACACUUCCGCUCAAAUCUCAGGCGUUUUGCAAGAGCUCGAGCGGACAAGAGUGAGUUUUUCCAAAGAAAUCCGGUAUCUAUGCUUUUUUUGCAGAUAGAACGGGAGCUCGCACUGGCACAACUUCAAGAACGUCGUCGGCUCGCAUUCAAGCUUGCGGAAGAGCGAGAGAAGUUCAAUUGGAUCGCAUGCGGCGGCGGAUUAGUUGUUGUUCUUUCCGCGCUCUCUUCCUUCCAUCACAAGUCAGUUUUUCCUGAAUUUUCAUGAUGAACUCGGUGAAAAUCACUAAUUUCGACACAUUUCAAAACCUCGAAAAUGUUGCAGAAACCUGCUGCAUGUCAUCCCAAUCUUCCCGAUGGCGUCGUUCAUCGGCUACAAAGCGCAUUUCUGUUAUGGCGAUCAAUUGAAGAAGAUUUCCGGUGAGGAUUCUCUUUCAAUCUUUGAAAUUUUCAAAGUUUCAUUUAGAAUCGGCGACGAUACUUCUGGAAGAUUCUGUGGAUUCUCUAGUGCCGCUGCCGCCGUCGGUGGCCGAUGUUCGGAAUCGAAGCAAACAGUUGCGGGAGGAAGAGUCGACGAAUUACUAA